CUGGCGACUGUAACCCACCAACAACAACCUCUCGCUCCAUCAUUACCACCUCCUCCACCAUCCUCAUAUUCAUCAACCAGUCCACAGCUCAGGCGCCAUGCAGACCCCUGAAGCAGGCGCUGACUCCACCUCCACUGUCCCUCUUCAGACCACUGUGCCUGUCCAGCCUACCGGCUCCACCCAGCAGGUGCCUGUCCAGCAACAGGCCCAGACUGUUCAACAGGUUCAGCAUGUUUACCCAGCACAGGUGCAGUAUGUGGAGGAAAACAGUGGCGUCUACACCAAUGGCAACAUAAGAACCUACUCGUACUCAGAGCCCCAGCUGUAUAGCCAGAACAGUGGCGGGAGCUACUUUGACACACAGGGCAGCUCAUCACAAGUGUCCACUGUGGUGACGUCUCACGGCAUGACCAACAACGGAGGAGGGGGCAGUGGAGGAAUGAGCAUGGGCCUGGCAGGGGGUCAGGUAAUCAGCAGCAGUUCUGGGGCCUACCUCAUGGACAACGCUGGACCGCACCCUGCCACCCAGACGGCACGAGCUUCCCCAGCUACUAUUGAAAUGGCGAUUGAGACGCUCCAAAAAUCUGAGGGUUUAUCCAGUCAGAGAAGCUCGCUGCUCAACAGCCAUCUCCAGUGGCUGUUGGACAAUUAUGAGACAGCAGAGGGCGUAAGCCUACCACGAUCCACCCUCUACAAUCAUUAUCUGCGCCACUGCCAGGAGCAGAAACUGGACCCUGUAAAUGCAGCCUCUUUUGGCAAACUCAUCCGCUCCAUCUUCAUGGGACUCCGUACAAGGCGCCUCGGGACAAGAGGGAACUCCAAAUAUCAUUACUAUGGUAUACGUGUGAAACCAGAUUCCCCGCUAAAUAGACUUCAAGAAGACAUGCAGUAUAUGGCCCUCAGACAGCAACCUGUUCAGCAGAAGCAGAGGUUCAAGCCAGUGCAGAAGUUUGAUGCUGGCUCUGGGGAGAAUUUCUCAGGUGGAGGCCAGAACCAUCCUGGUGCAGCAGAGCAGACAGUCAUUGCACAGAGCCAGCACCACCAGCAGUUCCUAGAUGCAUCGCGGGCACUCCCUGACUUUGUAGAGCUGGACCUCGGACAGAGCAAUACAGAGAACAUCAGCCCAGAGGAUGUUAAAGCUCUCCAAUCUCUUUACAGAGAGCACUGUGAGGCUAUCCUGGAUGUGGUUGUCAACCUCCAGUUCAGUCUAAUUGAGAAGCUGUGGCAAACAUUCUGGCGUUAUUCUCCCCCUGACUCUGUAGAGGGUGCCACUGUAACAGAAAACAGCAGCAUAAGUGAGAUUGAAGCGCGGCUCCCCCGUUCACAGCUGCUGGCGCUGUGCAGAAACGAGGCUGUGCUCAAAUGGAUGAGCACCUGUGACCACCUAAUGUACCAGUCCCUUGUGGAGAUCCUCAUUCCUGAUGUCCUGAGACCCAUUCCCAGUGCCUUGACUCAAGCCAUUCGCAACUUUGCCAAAAGCCUGGAAGGUUGGCUCAAUAAUGCCAUGAAUGCCAUUUCACAGAGAAUGAUCCAGACUAAGAUUGCCGCUGUUAGUGCCUUUGCGCAAACACUGCGCAGAUACACAUCUCUGAACCACCUGGCUCAGGCGGCACGUGCCGUGUUGCAAAACACGUCACAGAUCAACCAGAUGCUGAGUGAUCUCAACCGUGUUGACUUUGCCAACGUACAGGAGCAGGCAUCAUGGGUGUGUCAGUGUGAGGAGGGAGUGGUUCAGCACUUGGAGCAGGACUUCAAGGCCACGCUACAGCAGCAAAGCUCUCUGGAGCAAUGGGCAGCCUGGCUGGACAACGUGGUCACUCAAGUGCUCAAGCCCUACGAGCAUCGGCCCAGCUUCCCCCGGGCGGCUCGACAGUUCCUGCUCAAGUGGUCCUUCUACAGUUCUAUGGUGAUAAGGGACCUGACCCUGCGCAGUGCUGCCAGCUUUGGUUCUUUCCAUCUGAUCCGCCUGCUGUAUGACGAGUACAUGUUUUACCUUGUCGAGCAUCGUGUGGCCCAAGCUACUGGAGAGACACCCAUUGGUGUCAUGGGGGAGUUUGACAGCCUGAACACCUUAUCUCUCAGUAACAUUGAUAAAGAUGAAACGAGUGGGAUGGACAGCGAUUUAGAAGACGACACGGAGGAAUCCGGGGAACCUCUUGCUAAACGGGAGAAGUCAGAGCAUGAGGUGAUCCAGGUGAUUCAGGUCGGGGCGCUUGAGGACGGAUCUCACCCUGUCGUCGGGGUCGUCCAGCCAGGUGUCCUCCACUCGUUGCCCCAGCCCCAGCAAGACCACUCCGAGCACAUCCUAACCCCCUCUGCCGGUACUCCGACCAUCCGCCACUGCAGCGCCACAGGAAACACCUACGCCUCUGUUUGAGGGCACGUCUGACCUUGUCUGGCCUGUUUUCGCCUUCUCACUCUCCACAUAUCUUUCUCUCUGUAAGUCUAGAUGUUUCCGUCUGUUUCAUGCAUUGUCUCUGUCUGCACUGGUGUGGACACGCUCUCCUCACACCAUCCAGCCUGGUCAGUGGAGGAGUGCUGAAAUGAUGAUACUUUGGCCGAGAUGUGCUGUCCGUGUCUGACUGCUUAUAUUCUGGAUGUGGUGUCAUCCCGUGAGUCUGUGCUCUAUUAACAUGCGGCAGCUGGUGGAAGGGACGUGGAGGAAAAGGACUAAUUUGACCCGUUAAAUGUUCCCUGGUUAGACAUGACUUACCGCAUCUGUCUGUCUAUACCGACGGAGUUUAUCAUGAAGGAAAGUUAAACUUCUUCAAACUACUGAUGUCUCAGAGCUCAAAUCCAUGUCACUAGUCCCAGUGGAGCAUCGAUUGACUCAAGAGCUUUGCCUAUUGUACAUAGUUUUGCUGUACUUUGAAUUGGUAUUACCCAAAACUCAUGGUGCUAUCAUUGUGUUUUAUUUGUUUAAAUCUCCAGUUAUUUUAGUAUGAUUUAUGUAAACAUGCAUUCGAACUGCUGAUAAACUUUUGGCUGAACAAAAAUAUUUUGAGUAUUGUAUGUAGCUGUAUGUAUGACAUUUGAAAAAGGAUCAUGGGGCAGUUUUGUCUGUUCUGUUUUGAAAAAAUGAUAUGGUAGCCACCCACUGAAAACCACUUAUAGCUUUUAGCCACAGAAAAAGAAACCCUGAAAGUAAUAUCUGUGCUGCUACUUCUGUAAAUAGAAAUGAGAUUGAGAAGACUGGCUGUACAAAACCUCUUCCUCAAUGUUAGCUUUUCUAUGCACUCCGUGCAUAACGCUUGCCUUUGUUCAUUUUAGAUGCUCUGUAGUGUGGUUAAUGUGAUGAGCUGUAAUCUUGAAAACAACGUACUGGACACAUUCCCCUGUUUUUCGCAGUUUCUGUCUUAAUGAAAACUUUUUAAGUUCGUGAAAGGACCAAAAACAAACCAACAAGAGGAAGCUGAGAGUGAGCCAUUUGGGCCACCCAAGAGCUGUUUCCUGUCCCACAGUGCCAUGUUGCAGAGCAGAAGGAAUGUCAGGGAUUUAAUGUACCUCGGCUUUAUCAUAGUGCCUUAUCCUUAAAUGCAGCUGUCCUUGUAGUCCUGACUGUGUGGUGUAGAGAGCCCACAGCCCCUCUGCAUUGUCCCAGCCACAGAUUUGGCUUUCUGGUGACUCGUGGCUGGAUUUGGGCUGGCUCAUCAGUGUUGAGACUAAGGGAUGCAGGCACAGACACACCUGUUGUUGUUUCUCUGGAUCAGCUCUACUAAGCUUCUUACUUAUCAGAAUCACGGUCUUUAGCCUUGCUCCUGCCCUCACUCUGCCCUCUUGAGGCCUAUUCUUGCAUUAGCCUUCGAUAUUGGGUGAAAUGUGUGUAUGCGUGUGUGUGUGUAUGUGUGGAUGCAUUGGUCUGCACUGUGUUUUUAUGUGUGUGUGUGUGUGUGUCUGCGUGCUUGUGUGUAUGUGUUGGAACACAUCCAUCAGUCACCCUACCUCAAACCAGUGGUGCCAGCCCUUUUGACGCGUGCAGCACAGUCUGUCCAAACCUUAUUGCACACACACCACUGUACUGCACAAAUCUCAACGCGAUAGAGAAAAUCUGCUUUGCUUUUCUCUCACCUCUGAUUACAUUUUCAUUUCCGUUUUUAGCCCAUAAAUUGCUUCAUCCUUUGUUCCCUGUUGAACGAUCAUCUUUGUACAGUGGACCAAAAGUAGAUAUUUUCUGAUAUUCAAAGAGAUAUAUAGAUAUAUAUGUAUAGUAUAUAUAAUGAUGAUACACUACAUAUAUUUGUUGCUUUUUAUGUGGUUGACCUGAUUGUUUCUAUGUGAUUGUUUCUUUUGGUAGCUCCUAUGUAAUUAGUUCAUAGACUGUGAAAUGGGGGACGGCAUGGGGACUAACUUCUGAUUCAUUAGACUACGUCUAUACUUGAACUGUUUUAACCUAUGUUGUGGAGAAUAUUGAGAUUAAUCCUCUGAAUAGGAAAAUUUGUCAUGAAAAUUUUUUUUGUUGUUAAACCCUUUUUUUGUUUUUCAAAUGGUCUGCAACAUUUCUCUGCAUAAAUGUUUAUUUAUUGAUAUUUAUUGUGUUACGUUUCGGCCUAGAUGCUUAUGCAUAUGUCAUGAUGGGUAAUGAUAAUGAAUCAUUAAUUCUACCACUGCAAAGAGCAGACCUACUGUACAGAAGGACUGGGAGAUUUUUAGUUUUUUCUUUCUUUCUAAGUCAUGUAUGAAGGUUGAUUAAGGGUUUGUUUUUAAAAAGGGUUGGCACUGUAUUUGCUGUAAUCAGUCCUUUUUAGGCAUAUCAAUAGUCAAAAAAAUCCUUUAGAUACUAGCAGUACACUGGAUUUUUGCCAUUUUCUCUUUAAUCUAGGGUAUGUGCCUGUGUAGAAAAUGUGCUUGACAGUGAAGGAGGGUGGGAAUGUGCAAAUACUGCAUGUCAUUUGGGUUAGUGGGUCUUUGGACACAUCACACUCUGGGGCAUCUGACAAGCCCAAAACCACAGCGUACGGUACACAUCACAAACUAGCCUUAGUUUGUGAUGUGUGUGGAGUUGUAGAAAUUGAGCACACACACUUAAAAACACAAAUCUAGCUUUCCUGUUACUGUACAUGGUUCAAGGACAGUUUGAAAAGUCUGCAUGAAAAGGUCGAUGAACUUUAAGUAGCUGAUAGUUUACGAUCGGAGGCAUCUUGUUUACAUCAGUCUGUGACCAUAAUUAAUUUGCAUGAGAGAUUUAAUCCCUGACUCUUGGUAUAAAACUGUUGACGGCAAGUUGGGAGAAAACUGAGAAAGUAAUAAAAAAAUAUCCAAUAAAAAGAGAUGGAUACAAAAACUUAAGCCCUAGAUCAUUUCUUAUAGUUUCUCUAGACCCCUCACAUCAGUCUGGGUUCACAUGACUGCGAAAAAUGAGCUACGCCUCUCUUAACUGACUCCCAACGCGCACUGAAAUUUUAAAAAUGCAGUUGUAAAAAGUGAUGGGGUUCUCUUUGUAAGUUAAAAUGUUUAAAUGCGUCGUAAAUCUGGGUAGAGUGCACUGGUUACAAAUGAAGGUUUUACAGGAUACUUUUUCUUUCUUUCCUCUAGCUUUUCUUUUUCUUUUUUUACAUUUCAAUCUCAGCUCCCUUGUCAUAUAAGUAACUACAACACUGUAGAUGGUAACUUGUAUUAUUUUUGAG